AUGCGCAAGGGCGCCGCCGCUGCUAAGCGAUUGCAGCUGCAGCAGCUACGGCAGCAGCAACAACUGCUGUUAUCAACGGAUGCCGCCUCGUCGUCGGCGUCCUCUCGCUUGGCCGCAGCACUGAUUUCCUCUGCGGUGGCUCUCAGUGCUGUUUCGACUUCAAGCACGGCCUGUACGGCGAGUAUUGUAAAUAAUCAUCAUCAAAGCCAUACACCACAACAGCAGCAACAACAGCAGCAACAGCAACAACAGCAGCAGCAACACACCACAGCACGGACACACUUUCAGCAACAGGCACAUUCACAUCAGCACUCUCACAGGCAUCAUCAUCACCAUCACCACCAUCAUCACCACCACCACCAUCACCAGCAGCCAAAUCAUUCGCACAAUCACCAUCAAUGUCGCACGAAACGCAAACUGCAAAAAUUGUAUUAUACGCUUUGCCGUUAGACUUGUACACCUAAUUAUAAACUAUCUAUACAAAAAUAUAUUUUAUGCUACUACUUUAUGGCUUAAGGUAGCCUAAGUUGUGUCCCCACUGAAAUUUCUCUCUCUUUAUACGAAUUAUGUAAAGCUAAGGUCGCGUCAAUUGUUGUGCUGAAACAGAUUCUAAAUGUACAUUUGUUUUCUAUAGUUUAUGCGUAUUGUCCAAAAAUAUUUAUUUAUUUUUUUUUUACUUUCCCCCCUUUUUAUACUAUCAGACUUAAGAAAAGGAAAAUCUCGUCAGUGCAAUAAUAAUACAUCUUUCUUACUUUUAUACUUUUCCCCUUAAUACACACAAUCUUUCCACUUCCAACCUAUUUUAAAAUGCCUACGCAUUUAAAUCAAACUUAACAAUUUCGAUCAACAGGAAUUUCUACAACAAAAAAAUCAAAUUUAUCCACAAAAACAUAGAGCCGGAAGUAUCCAAACAAUAUUCAAUAAAAACAAAAACAAAGCAAAAAAAAAAAAAUAAAAUAAAAUAAAAAUGAAAAACUCUGAUUAAGUAUUACUUAGCGUUAAGUAAGCAUAAUUUAAGUUCCAAAACCUUAACAAAAAUAGGCUUACAGAAUCAAUUAAUCAUAAUAGUAAUGCCUUUAUUGUACUUUAUUUAAUGAAUUUUGUAAGAUUACUUACAAAGGAAAACAAACGAUUUUGCUCUAUGUAUUGUGUACGUAGUUCAAUGUUGUACUACAAAAUUCUAAGUAGACCAACUCCAUGAAAAUAAAACAAAAUAAAAAAAGCAAGAAUUAAA